CAUUCUUUGCUAGACUACAGUAUCGGAAAGAUCCCAUUAUUUAUUAUUUUUUUAUAUAGUUCAUUGUUACCAUAUCAGGUGGUCGUAGGUUAUGUUGUUGGUGAAGUGAUUAUAAGCCUGUAGUAGGAAUGUGGUGCACUAUUAAUAUAUCAGAUGAACCGAAUGGCUGUGAUAAGAAAUACAUAGUUAAAACUGCUUGUUCAGAUGCAACACACACAGUUUUUCUGUGCGAUAUUGAGCAUGGUUUCGUGGAAGUCCUGACGCAAGAGGACAUGCUGAGGAGGUGCAAGGAGCUGAACCCGCUGGUGGAGGCGAGCCCCGAGCGGCUGGUGGCGCACGUCGUGGCGCUGCUGGACGGCCGCCGCGAUGACGUGCACCGGAGCCUGCGCCCCUUGGGUGGCGUCCGCGUGCUCGCGCUGCGCUCCAAGCUCGUGGGACUGCUCUUCUCUUUCGAGUUCCGCCUGCAGCCGGCGGCCGGCGACCACAUCUACACACAAGUGAUGGCCCCAAUAUUGGCAACGUUGUUGGAGCUCCACGAGAGACAGACCUGUCUGAUGAAACUGUUGAAAAAAAAGGAUGAAGAAAUAGCAGAGUACAAAAUAAACGGUGGUCAGCUUUCGAGACGGAAUCUAGAGACGCCGGUUUUCGACGAACAGGAGUUUGCGAGGAAGCGUUUAGAGUUGCCGUUCUCAGCUGACGUUGUCCCUGAUCCCCGAGAGCGCCUGUUUGCGCCGGUCGUGCAGAGUCUCAUUGCGGACGUGGUGCGGAAGAUGGACGGGUGUGCGGCCAGGGCAGCGAACAGUGAUAUUGGCAGCAAUGUCAAAGAGGAGAUGCAACGUGGUCCGGAAUCCGUGACCACUGCAGAGGAGAAUGGUGUCGUCAACAGUGUGAACAGCCAAGUCAAAACAGAAGCCAGUGAAGCUCACACGGUUUCUCCCAGGAAGAAAGAGUUUGAGGCUGCGGAGCUGAAGAACGAGCGAGGAGCCUUCGGUCACGACGUGAUGGCGGACGCCAAGCCUCCCAAGUUGAAGAAACACAACCACAAGAAGGCCCUUGGCUUGUGAUCUUUGUGUUGUUCUUGCGAUUGCAUGAGGUUACACUUCAAGGAGGGUUUUUAACCUAAUAAAACAUAGUAAUCUAGUCAUGCUUAUAUAAUUUUUAAAAAUUUUUUUAAUAUAUAUUUUCCAUAGAGAAUCACGAUAAUCCAAUUUGAAGUGUACUUAAACUAAAUAUGUUUUAAAAAUAUGAAUUUUGUAAAAUUUACUAGUUUUAAUUAUUUCUUUUAUUGAGAUUUAGUGUGAUUUUUUUAAGCUUACUAGUUUGUGAUCAUUGUAUGUAAUUAUCAAAGUACCACAUUCACCCGAAAAUAAGUCGACCGUGAAUGAUGCAAGUAGAGGAGCAGACAAAUUAUUGACUCUCAUCAUUCCUUAGUAGGAAGUCACUGCACAGAAUCACAAAAAUAAUAAUCUAAAUAUUUUUUUUGACCAAAUCUGUGUGAGAAUUAAAAAUGCUUAGCUAAUAUUUACCAUCAUUAAUAAUGCCUCUAUUAUAUAUGUAUUAAAAAAAAACCAUUAAAUAAGAUUUCUGUAAUUUUAAAUAAAAUUUAUCAACAUUAUUACAAUAUGAUUGCUAAUCAUUUUCCCAUCACUGUCACUCUGAAGAUCAUCACUCUCACAGCUACAUUCUCUUCAUCACACCACAGCAUCUCUUCUUCAGUACCAUCCAGGGCAUUUCACAAACUGCAUUUUUUUGAAGCCUCUCACUAUCACUUCUGGCUAAUAUUGUCCCAUGCUGCCAAGAUCCACUUCCAUAGUUGAGAAACACUUGGCUUCUUUAAUUUUCCCUGAUGGUGUUUAUUCAUGGCCACCUGCGGAAAGCCAUUCACAAUACAAUUGUUUCAAAUUAUCUUUGAAUGGCUUGUUCACAACUACAUGAAGCACCUGUAGUGUAGAUGUUAUCCCAUCAGGGGUUGUGACAAGGUGUGUGUUCAAUUCCUUUCUUUCAUGAGGAGUCAGGUGCUCCUUUAAGCUGCUGAAAGGUGCGUAAAGGCACCAGGUCUUCUGUCCCAACCAGCUACUUAUUACUAGAUCAUUUGUCAUCCAUCCUUUGGUUUAUACACACUACAACUCCUUUGGGCAGUUUUUCUUUGGGCACAGUUUUGCCAUCAGUUAUGAGAUGACUUCCGAUUGUUUGUAUUGUCUUUUAACGAAAAACUCUAGUAUUUUCUGGUGAAUACAGCAUUUCUUUCACUUAGUUAUUUUUGUUAGUAAUUUUUCUGUUUUUUUAAAUAGAUUUUAAUACAUUUGUGAUAUGAAGGUAGUUAUUUUUUAAGAAGCCAUAUUCAGGUAAUUUGUUGUAUCAUUAUUAUAAGUUGGUUUAUUUAUUCACGUACUUCAACAAAUUCUUAGUCUGUGUUUUUAAACUAUAUUUAAUUUAGUGUUAUAUGUGAAUUUUGUCUCAGACUCUAAUAUUCUUCUAUUGUAUUGUUACAGUUUAUUUAUUUGAUUAUUGAAUUAUUUGAGGUUAAAAAUGUGGUUUUUAAAAAAAAAAAUUGUGUAGUGUUUGAGAAUUACUGCAUGUUUUAAUGUAUGGUGAGAAUGUUAGGAAAAUUAUUGUUAUGUAUUGUUAUGAUAUUUCUACAUAUUAAUUUUUAUAAUAAAAAAAUAUUGUGGCAAUAAAA